AUUAUCGCCUACGGUUUAGUGGCGCACCAGAACGCAUAUGUGAGAAACGGAUGGAACAUGCUGGAUUUUGUCAUCGUCGUUGUUGGACUGUUCAGUGUUGUCCUGGAGCUUUUGACCAAAGACUCUGUAGAGACGAAGGAGGAGGCAGAGGCGGGUGCGGCUGCGGCGGCGGCGGCGGCAGCACUCCACCCCUCCGCGCACGGCCACGGGGGAAAGUCGGGCGGCUUCGACGUCAAAGCCCUCCGAGCCUUCCGUGUACUGCGACCCCUACGCCUGGUCUCAGGAGUGCCCAGUUUACAGGUUGUGUUGAACUCCAUUAUUAAAGCCAUGGUCCCUCUCCUCCACAUCGCCCUGCUGGUCCUGUUUGUCAUCAUCAUCUACGCCAUCAUCGGUCUUGAGCUCUUCAUUGGCAAAAUGCACGCUACCUGCUUCUUCCCCAGCACAGGCAUGAUAGCGGAGGAUGACCCGGCUCCGUGUGCGAUCUCAGGGCACGGGCGCCAAUGUCCCAUAAAUGGCACCGAGUGCAGGGAGGGCUGGCACGGCCCCAACAACGGCAUCACGAACUUUGACAACUUCCUGUUCGCCAUGCUGACUGUGUUCCAGUGUAUCACCAUGGAGGGCUGGACAGACGUGCUCUACUGGAUGAAUGAUGCUAUGGGUCUAGAGCUUCCAUGGGUCUACUUUGUUUCUCUUGUCAUCUUCGGCUCCUUCUUUGUUCUAAACCUGGUUCUGGGAGUGUUGAGCGGAGAGUUCUCCAAGGAGAGAGAGAAGGCCAAGGCCAGAGGAGACUUCCAGAAGCUGAGAGAGAAGCAGCAGCUAGAGGAGGACCUGAAGGGCUACCUGGACUGGAUCACUCAGGCCGAGGACAUCGACCCUGACAACGAGGACGAGGAGGGCAACGAGGAGGGAAAACGCAACCGGGUGACUCUGGCUGACCUCACAGAGAAGAAGAAAGGAAGCAGGUUUGGGUGGUUCAGCCAGUCCUCCGACACUCAUGCGAGUAUGCCAGCCAGUGAGACGGAGUCGGUGAACACAGAGAACGUGACCGAGGAUGAGGUGAAGACACCGUGCUGUGGACCUUUUUGUCAAAAAAUUUCAAAGUCAAAGUUCAGUCGGCGCUGGCGUCGCUGGAACAGGUUCUGCCGCAGGAAGUGCCGGUUGGCAGUUAAAUCGGUGCCUUUCUAUUGGCUGGUGAUCAUCCUGGUGUUUCAAACACUCACCAUCUCCUCAGAGCACUACAUGCAGCCUGACUGGCUCACUCAAGUACAGGACGUGGCAAACAAGGUUCUGCUGAUGUUUACGUGUGAGAUUAUGACCAAGAUGUACAGUCUGGGCCUGCAGGCCUUCGUGUCCCUGUUCAACCGCUUUGACUGCUUUGUAGUGUGGAGCAUCACAGAGACCAUCCUGGAUCUCAAGGUCACACUCACUGCAGUUCUCUCAGUAACUUGUGGCAUCGCUCUCAACUCCAUGAAGUCCAUCGCCUCCCUGCUGCUCCUGCUCUUCCUCUUCAUCAUCAUCUCUCCCUGCUGGCAUGCAGGUGUUCGGAGGCAAAUCCUGACGGGUGAAGACUGGAACGCUGUGAUGUAUGACGGCAUCAUGGCGUACGGUGGCCCUUCCUCAUCAGGGAUGAUCGUCUCCUUCUACUUCAUCAUCCUCUUCAUCUGCGGAAACUACAUCCUGCUGAACGUCUUCUUGGCUAUCGCUGUGGACAACCUGGGAGACGCGGAGUCUCUCAACGCUCCACGAGACAAAAAGGAAGAGAAAAAGGAAGACUUGGUGCCAGUGGAGGAAGAAGAGGAGAAUGCUGCAGAGGAGGAGAGACGGAGGUUCCAGCAGGCCACGCCACCAUCUCUGAACUGUCAAGAAGGAGAAGAUCACCCCAUCCCUGAUGGCAGCGCCUCUUUAUUCUCAGCAAGACCAAACCGUAGGAUCCGGGUGGGAUGUCAUAAACUCAUCAAUCACCACAUCUUCACCAACCUCAUCCUGGUCUUCAUCAUGCUCAGCUCUGUCUCCCUCGCUGCAGAGGACCCCAUACGCAACUUCUCUGCUCGCAACAUCAUACUUGGUUACUUUGACUAUGCUUUCACGGCUAUCUUUACUGUUGAGAUCCUGUUGAAGAUGACCACAUACGGGGCGUUCCUCCAUAAAGGGGCGUUCUGUAGGAACACCUUCAACCUGCUGGAUCUGCUGGUGGUGGGGGUCUCCCUGGUCUCCUUCUGCAUCCAGUCCUCUGCCAUCUCAGUGGUGAAGAUUCUGAGGGUCCUGCGUGUGCUUCGGCCCCUGAGGGCUAUCAACAGAGCCAAAGGUCUCAAGCACGUAGUCCAGUGUGUGUUUGUGGCCAUCAGGACCAUCGGUAACAUCAUGAUCGUCACCACGCUGCUGCAGUUCAUGUUUGCCUGCAUAGGAGUACAGCUCUUUAAGGGGAAGUUUUACCGCUGUACAGACGAAGCCAAGUCCAGCCCAGACGAAUGCAAGGGCACCUACAUCCAUUUUAAGGACGGGGACGUGAACCAGCCGGCCAUCCAAAAGAGAGUGUGGCACAACAGCGAGUUCAACUUUGACAACGUGCUGAUGGCCAUGAUGGCUCUUUUCACCGUGUCUACCUUCGAGGGCUGGCCUUCGUUGCUCUACAAGGCCAUAGACUCUAACAGGGAGAACCUGGGUCCCAUCUACAACUACCGCAUCGAGAUCUCCAUCUUCUUCAUCAUCUACAUCAUCAUCAUCGCUUUCUUCAUGAUGAACAUCUUCGUCGGCUUCGUCAUCGUCACCUUCCAGGAGCAAGGAGAGAAAGAGUACAAGAACUGUGAGCUUGAUAAGAACCAGCGGCAGUGUGUGGAGUAUGCCCUGAAGGCCCGUCCGUUGAGAAGGUACAUCCCUAAGAACCCCUACCAGUAUAAGUUCUGGUACGUGGUCAACUCCACAGGGUUUGAGUACAUCAUGUUCGUCCUCAUCAUGCUCAACACGCUCUGCCUGGCUGUGCAGGGGUAUUUUGGGGACGCCUGGAAUGUGUUCGACGCCCUGGUGGUGAUGGGCAGCAUAGUAGACAUUGUGCUCAGUGAGAUUGAUCACUAUUUCACUGACGCGUGGAACACAUUUGAUGCCUUAAUUGUAGUUGGUAGCGUCGUUGAUAUUGCUAUCACUGAAGUGAAUCCUACGGAGGCUCCUCAGUUGGAUGAGUCGGGGAACACGGAGGACAGUGCUCGCAUCUCCAUCACCUUCUUCCGACUGUUCCGAGUCAUGCGAUUGGUCAAGUUGCUGAGUAGAGGGGAGGGCAUCCGCACCCUCCUGUGGACCUUCAUCAAGUCCUUUCAGGCUCUGCCCUAUGUCGCCCUUCUGAUCGCCAUGCUCUUCUUCAUCUAUGCUGUCAUCGGCAUGCAGGUGUUCGGGAAGGUAGCCAUGGUGGAUGGCACCCACAUCAACAGGAACAACAACUUUCAGACCUUCCCUCAGGCCGUGUUGUUGCUCUUUAGGUGUGCCACGGGGGAGGCGUGGCAGGAGAUCAUGUUGGCGUGUGUGUCUGGAAAGCUGUGUGACCCAGAGUCUGACUACAACCCUGGAGAGGAGAUGACCUGUGGAGCCAGCUUCGCCUACAUCUACUUCAUCAGCUUCUACAUGCUCUGUGCAUUCCUGAUUAUCAAUUUGUUUGUGGCUGUCAUCAUGGACAACUUUGACUAUCUGACUCGUGAUUGGUCGAUCCUGGGUCCUCACCACUUGGACGAGUUUAAGAGGAUCUGGUCUGAGUAUGACCCAGAGGCCAAGGGCAGGAUUAAACAUCUGGACGUGGUCACUCUGCUCCGACGCAUCCAGCCUCCUCUGGGCUUCGGCAAACUCUGUCCUCAUAGAGUGGCCUGCAAGAGACUGGUGGCCAUGAACAUGCCUCUAAACAGCGACGGCACCGUGAUGUUCAAUGCUACCCUAUUUGCAUUAGUACGCACAGCCUUGAAGAUCAAAACUGAUGGUAAUCUGGAGCAGGCCAACGAGGAGCUGAGAGCGGUCAUCAAGAAGAUCUGGAAGAGGACCAGUAUGAAGCUACUGGACCAAGUGGUGCCCCCUGCUGGUGAUGAUGAGGUAACCGUGGGGAAGUUCUAUGCCACCUUCCUGAUACAGGACUACUUUAGGAAAUUCAAGAAACGUAAAGAGGAGGGCCUGGUAGGGGUGCACGCCUCCCAGAACAACACAGCCAUCGCGCUACAGGCUGGCCUUCGCACGCUACAUGAUAUUGGGCCCGAAAUUCGACGAGCGAUAUCAUGUGACCUGCAAGAUGACGAGCUAGUAGACUUUAUUCCAGAGGAGGACGAGGAGAUUUAUAGGCGCAACGGCGGCCUGUUUGGUAACCACGUCAACCACGUGAACGGGGACCACCACCGGCGCUCAUCGAGUCACCAAACCAACGCCACCCAGCGGCCCCUGCAAGUGCAGCCGCCUCCGCACUACGCCCACAUGGAGCAGCCGGUGGGGCGUCUCUGCCGGGCCAAUGCCAUGUCCCACCCUAACCACCACCAUCGCCACCACCACCACAACUCCUCCUACGGCAAGUCGCCCAAGUCCACCAACAUCAACUUGAACAAUGCCAACGUGUCCAGUCUGCCCAACGGAGGAGGGCACCACCACCGCUACUACGAGCACGCUCCGCCCCCCGCAAACGGUUACCCUGGACACCGUGGCGUCCCCUACUACCCCGACUACGACAAGCCACCUCCUCGCGGCACGCCGCAAGGACAAAGAAGGCGCUACUAUGAGACCUAUGUUAGGUCCCACGUAGGAGACGUCCGCCACCCGACCAUCCGGCGGGAGGAGGAGUUUGACGAUGACAGGUACUCAGGAGAGUACUAUAGCGGGGAGGAGUUCUACGAGGACGACAGCAUGUUGUCAGGAGACAGGAGGUCCUAUAAAGAAUACCUGGACAGGUACCAGAACAGUGACACAGAGUAUGAGACUCCUAGAGGCUACCACCACCCCGACAGUUACUAUGACGACGAUGAGCAGCCCCUCUACCAAGAUGGAAGGAGGUCGCCUAAGAGACGGAUGCUUCCUGCCACGCCUCAAGGUCACCGGAGGCCCUCCUUCAACUUUGAGUGUCUGAGAAGGCAAGGCAGUCAGGACGAGCUACCACACCAACGCACUGCACUACCAUUGCACCUAAUGCAGCACCAGGUGAUGGCUGUAGCAGGGCUGGACUCCAGCAGAGCCCACCGUCUCUCCCCCACCCGCUCCACCCGCUCCUGGGCCACUCCCCCCGCCACUCCGGCCAGUAAGGAACAGUCGCCCUACUACACGCCCCUCAUCAGGGUCGAUCUCCCCGGACGCAGGGAGAGCGCCUCCAGCAGCCAGGUGUCUGUGAGGAAGAGUUCGUGGUACACAGACGACCCAGAGUACUCCCAGAGGACCUACUCCCCCGUCCACCUCCAGCUGCCUCCAGAGUACCGACAGCAUUACCACCAGAAGAGAGGCAGUGCUACCAGCCUGGUGGAGGCGGUUUUGAUAUCAGAGGGGCUCGGGAGAUACGCCAAGGAUCCAAAGUUCGUGGCGGCCACCAAGCACGAGAUAGCGGACGCGUGCGAGAUGACCAUUGACGAGAUGGAGAGCGCGGCCAGCCACUUGCUGAACGGCGGUGUGGCGCCGGCGGUUAAUGGGGUCAACGUGUACCCCGUCAUGAGCGAGCGGGACUACGACCUCCAGGACGCCACGGCCAGUUACAGUGACGAGGAGCCGGAGGUGGAGCUUAGAUUACCGUACGAGGAGGACCUGGCAGACGAGAUGAUCUGCAUCACCACUUUAUAGCAUCGGCUGGAGAAUAAACUACUAGAAACUAACUACUAGCUGUAUGUACUCUACUUCAUAUAGACUACAGUACCAUCAGUGGAAAACUAAAUGAGAAAUGCAUCUAUUGGCUUACGACCAAAAGAAGUGCCUUUUACAUGGAAGAGAAAGGCACCUAUGAGGAGAGAGAGACACACUUAUUCUCUCACUCGCCCUCUGCCAGCCAGGGAAUUCACAUCACUUCUGUCAAUCACAGGACCAGGAGCCAAUCCUGGUGCCAGGGAACCAUGUUAGUCCCACCCUCCCAGACCGACACUACUGGCGCAUAGGAGGCCAUGACCAUCUGUCAUAGGUCACCGUCUGGAGGUGACACUCACAGGUUCAUCAACGAGCCAAUUGCAGACGAGGACAUGGCGUGUCAGUGGAGGAGAUGGACCUAUUGGCAGAGGCGUGAGGUACCAUGGGCAGGUCGUUAAGGGUGAUGACAAUCAGAUGUAAGAUGUCAUUCCCUCUGUCACUUUAUUAAGAUUUUGGCAUAUCAUGCAAGUUUUCAAUGCAAGCAUAGAAAGGCAUAUCUCUCCCCACCUAACCCCCCUUAGAUGUUUUAGUAUAACUUUGAUCCCGGAAUCAUUGACAUAAAUAAUUAAAAGAUGGCUGUAGAUGGUUCACAACGAACAGAUUCUUAGAGAAUAACCAGUUUACGUAUGCAGGAGAUAUCAGUCACAUUUAUAGCAUCUUCCAACUGGAGAUAUACACUUCUGAGACGACUACAGCAUGGAAUAAAUGCACUAGCAGGCAGGUUGUUUUUAAAUUGACAAUAGCCUGACGAUGAAUAUUUCAUAGUAGAUAUAGUGUAAAUGAAUUGUAUUAUAUAAACAAAAAGAAAAACUUUGUAAAGAGAUGUUCUAUAUUUUGUAAUUGUGUACCAUUUCAAAAGAAGAUCAGCAAUACACACCCUAAUGAAUCCUAUUAUGCUACCAGGAAAGAAGAUCGCUGGUGUUAUUAUUUUAUUAGGUACAAUAUUCUGACAUUUAUUUGCCUUUUCUUUGUUGUUGCUCAUAUGCAUCCUUGACAUGUCUGUGAACAGCUUUUUUUAAUUGUUUUGUUUUUCGUGUAACAACACAGCUGCACAAGAUAUGCAAAUGUCUUUGUUUUUUUACUUGUUUUAUGAGCAUAAGAACACUGUAUAUGUGUUACUCAAACCACACCAACACCAGUACCACAAAGUAAAGUACCCCUUAUUAAGAGCAUCUUUGUAGGACUUGAUGUUAGCUAAGGCUCAAGGAGGCUAUUCUACCUUUAUAAAGAUGUGAUACGUAACUUCCGUGUUUGCAUAUGUUGUGCAGAGGAGGUGCACAGCACAGAAAGGUCAAAUGCCUAGUGCAUUGACAAUGCUGCUUCAUUCUCCCAUUUUCAAAUGAAUUCUACAACUUUAUUAGUUUCAUCUGUCCCAACUGAAAUGCCUUCUGCUGCUGAAAGAAAACAAUAUGAUAGACGUGAGAUGAACAGAAAUCUCCCUGUCGUUCUCAAUGCUUUUAUUGGGAUUUUUCCUCAAUAUACGACUUGUUGAUCACGAUUAAUGUAAGUUAAUUCCACUGAUCCUUUCAAACUGAAUCUUCCUAAUCACUUGGCCUUUAUGUUGUUGUGUGCGAGACUUGUGACAGACUGGGCCGGUGUGAGCCAGGACAGACGGGAUGCAUGGUGGUUGAUUGGUGAGGCACGUAUUCAUCAGGGAUGUUGACAGGGCAGAUGAGCUCACAUGAUGAGGCUGCAUCUAGCCUGGGUGCCAGUCUGGUUCUGCUCUCUCGCCAACUCCUUACGGAAUUGUCAAGCAAAACAUGACGAUGGAGUAGGCAAAAGCACAAACAGAUCUGGGACCAGGCUAGGUAUCAUCAUGGUCUAGGUAGGUCCACGGUCUCCACCAUUGUUGUCCUCUUCUGUUGUGUUGUCGUGUCAUAUUUGUCCCGAAGUGUUUUAGCUGGAGAGAGGCUAAGCAAUACUAACCCCCUCACUCUCUCAGCCUCUCUGGCUUCUCUCUGCAUACACUAUACCUCGUGGUGGUCCAGCAUCGUCUGGGGAAAACAUAUCAGCCUUCCUCUCAACCAACCAGUCUGUUUCCCACAGCCAUCUUAUCCGUCCAAUGAGAAGGGAGUGUUUGUACUACGGCUCAUUUUACAAGAAAACUCAACUUUUGUUGAUAUCAACGCAAGUUGAAAAUUGAUGCACCACAAAAUUACUUUACACUAGCAGACAAAAAAAUAAAGUACUAAGUUCACUUUUUUUUCAGGCGCUGCCCUGGAUAGUUUGAAUAAGCACAGAUGAUGGGUAGGUGAUGAGACGUGUGGGAUCUGUAAUUCAUGAGUGUUUGAUUUGUAGGUCAUGAGUUCGCAUUGCGUUCUCAGUCAACCUGAAUACUGUCGUGAAAAUGUAGGUUAUCCACUUUGUGUGCACAUUGAAAGGGCUCUUUGAAUUGUUUGAGUAAAAAAAAAUGUGUUCUGGUCUUUUUGUUGAGAAUUAUCUUGUGAAAGGACCAAUGCGCAUUCCAGGCACGUUAUACUAUUCGUAGCAAUUACUGAUAAACUGAAAAUAUGCAUUAUUUUGUAAACACUUUUAAAAAGGUUGUGUUAAACUAAAGAUAAAACAAACAUACUUUUACCUCAUGUCAGGGAUUCCUGAAAAAAGAAAAGAGAAAAUGAUUUGGUUCAUUCUAUACCAAUGGUAUUUCAAUAUUAGCACAUAGCUGUUUGUCUUUGCACAAGUAACUGUAUAGUGCUAUUGUUUCUCCUUUUUCUAUACACAUUUUUGUGAAUUAAGGUGAGACAAUUUUGUACUUUUUUGUGACUGUGUGUAUGGUUUAGUGAAAUCUAUAUUUGUCAUUUACACCUCACCUUUCAAUGCUGGGACAGAAAGAAUCUGAAAAAAAAUAAAGAAAAAAAUAUACAUUUUCAAGGUGCACUGUUCCUCUGUUGGCGGGUUAAAAAAAGAUAAAUCCAAUGGUAAUAUACCAGUUUACAGAGAAACCCUUGUUGAUUUAAACAUUUUGAUUCGUUUUCAUUCUAUUAUUAUAGUUAUUAUGAUUACUAUUACUACUAUUACUGUUAUUAAAUAUGUAUUAAAAUCGAAGAUAAUGUAAAAUAUGUACAAACAUAUGGAAAGACCCAUGGUAAUGUUCUCUACUUGAAAGUCCUUAUAUUUUCUCUGUAAUGUUUUUAUUCAGUAAACAUGAUUUCUCUUAGUAGCAAAUGCUUUAUUAUGACCCUCUAUGUUUUGUAUCAAUUCAUUUUUCCCCCAUUUUUUUUGUUGCCUUGAAUUCAUUUUAAUCAAUAAUGAUAUUUUAUUUUCUAAUGAUUAUUACUGAAUAAACUUACACUGAAAUUCUA